UUGUCGUGUUGUCAAAUCGAAAUCUUAUUCUCAGAUCGACUUUCUAGUUUCUUUUAAAAUAUUGUUUUUAAUAAUAUAAUUUACAUUUCACAGUGUGCAAUGAUAUUUCGAGCAGACAUAAGUGGCAUAUAGCUUUGGCUAGUAUAUAUAUGUUCUUUAAAAACACUUAACACUAUUUAAAUAUUUACUUUUUGUGAUACAUAAUUGUUCUAAAAAAUGGAUGAAACUCUUUUUCUUAUUUUAUUGGCUGUCGUAAUGUUAGUGGGGUCCUAUGUGGCUGGAAGUAUUCCUCUGAACGUUAGCAUGUCUGAGGACAAGCUCCUCAAAGUGACAGUGUUUGGUGCUGGUCUGCUGGUUGGUACAGCACUAGCAGUUAUCAUACCAGAAGGUGUGAGGGCCCUCUUUGAAGAGAGACCAGUUCUUGUGACCAAGGACUACACUCCAGAACCCAAAGGCAUUGAUGACUUGCAUUCAGUCAUUGGAAUUUCUUUGGUUUUGGGUUUCGUCUUCAUGUUAAUAGUGGAUCAAAUGUCGUCAAGGUACAACGACGCCAGCAAUCCCACUGAGAAGAACAUAACAGCCACUGUUGGCUUGGUUGUACAUGCUGCGGCUGACGGCAUUGCGCUCGGCGCGGCCGCGACGACGUCGCACGCUGAUGUUGAAAUAAUAGUGUUUCUAGCUAUCAUGUUGCACAAGGCACCCGCCGCCUUCGGGCUGGUCACGUUUUUGAUGCACGCCGGACUUGAAAGAAACCGGAUACGAAAGCACCUGUUAAUCUUCUCAUGCGCUGCGCCUCUACUCGCCUUGCUGACGUACUUCGGUAUCGGCAACGAAAGCAAACAGACGUUGAGCGAUUUCAACGCUACUGGUAUUGCCAUGUUGUUCUCGGCGGGUACGUUUUUAUAUGUUGCAACUGUACAUAUACUACCUGAACUGACGCACCCACACUCACACACGCACACAUUACUUCCGGUCCAGGAGGGUGUCCCACCGAAAAAGGGUUUCGCCGGAUUACAAUUGUGUGAAGUUAUAAUUUUGACAGUUGGUGCAAUGUUACCAGUUUUAUUGACGAUGGGGCAUGAACACUAGUAUUAUUUUCUAAUCUGUGAUUUUUUUUAUCAUGUUAAAUGAAAUAUCACUGAAAUAAAAAGAUAUAUCUUUAUUUAUAAAUCAUACUAAACGACCUCUUUAGCAUUAUGCGUUAACCUGGGCGUUUCUUCUAUUCGAGCGUUUAACUCAAAUUGUCGAAUAAUUUUAAGAAAACUACAAGGGAGAAACAAUUAACGUCACUUGAUUCUGUGAAACUAAACUUUUUGUGUAUUUGUUUAUAUAAAACCUAAGAAUAUGGUAAAUGAUUCAAUAUUUGUAUUAUAAAUAUAUGAGAAGCGGAGCGAUGGUCUACUGGUUACGACGAUUCGAGGCAGGCUAGCUUUUCGGAGUAAUAUAUGUAUUACAUUCAAAGAAAUGGGAAUUCAUAAUUCAUUUAUUUCAAGUAUGCUCACUUUAUAAGCUGAGUGCUUUAUUUAAAAGUGAAGGAAAUCAUUGUUAGGAAACCUGCAUGCCUGAGUUCCCCAUAAUGUUCUCAAAGUUUUCUUUACUUGUACUAGUUUGUACUAUUUCAGUAGCCAAUGAACAAUUGGAUAGUUUUUCACUAAUUAACACAUAGGUAUUUUUGAUUUUGAAGUACCUAAUAACUAUAAUCUAAAAAAUACUAUUCAUCUCAAUAAUUGGUAAUUUUUUACAUAUUUGUAGUUGUGAUGUGUACAUGUGUUAAUUAAAAAUAAUGAAUUAGAAAAGGCGCGUACAGUCUUCCGAUCCGCACGUAGCCCUCUUUUUGGUCUACCCUCGUCACUCUGUGAGGACACCUGUGCUCUGUUCGGUAAUGACUAUUGAAAUAAUUUCCGUGAAUCCACAUAAAAUAAUCAUAGUGGGUCAAAGCUAUUAGUAUAUUCUUUAGCAAUAUCGAGAAAUUAUAUUAUCAAUAAUUCGUAUACUUCGUCCUAACGCAACUUUGCGUUAAUUUAUUUUAUGACCGGCUAGAACUUUGUAAUUAUUUAUUGGUUCUAUAAAAAGUAUAGUAUUAUCUACGUAUGUAUUGUAUACCUGUGAACCGGUGAUAGCCUAAAGCUCGACUUCACUUUGGGGGGCCGAGUACGAAUCCGAGCACUCACCUCCAACUUUUCUAAGUUAUGUGCGUUUAAAGUAAUUCAA